UGAUGUAGGCUGACCAUGUUAAUAUUUAGAAAUGUUUCAUGUUCGUUCUUCCCAAGGGUUUUCCCGUUUUUUUUUUAAUUAAACAUCACAUUGCAUUCUGUUUUAGGGUUAAAGGAAAUGCCUACAAACAGAAAACAUACUGGUAAUUUUCAGCCAAGAUAUUAAUCUGGUUUUGUGAUGCAUAAACGAUGAACAUUACUCAUGUAUGUACAUACAUGGUGAAGUAGUCUAUAUCAGUCUUUAUAUUUUGCAUUAAGAUGAUUCACUUGCUCCUUCAAUUUUUGAUGCAUGAGUGUAUUGAUUUGCAUGUUUCUCUGAAACGGAAUCGUCUUCAUGACCUGCACCCUUCACUCUGGUGGAGCUGUCUUCUGUUCUGUCUAUGUGAUCUGCGCUGACUUCUGCACUUUCUUGGAGAGGUGUAUUUCAGGAUCAAGAAUCAUGCAUUACUUCCUGCUGGGAUCUUUAGUCAUGGCGCUGAUUUACCUUUCAGCUGAAGGAAAUGUGUUCCAGAAGCCACGAAUUAUUGCCGUUAAGAUGGGUCGGACUGUGUGGAUAAACUGUUUUCAGACAAAUCAGUCUUUGCCGACUCAUGUAGAGUGGUUCAAAGGCCAGAAUAGCAAAAUCCAGCUCAAGAGCAGCCAAAGAAUAAAGAUAAAGGAGAAGAGUGAUAAUGAAAGUGCUUCCAUUAACAUUUAUAAAGUGAAGACCGAGGACAGCGGCACUUACUUUUGCAAACUGAACGACAAGCUUGGACCAGGAACUGAGCUAAUAGUGUACAGAUACACUCAGCCCCAGAUCUUGAAGAGAAUGAGAGUCACAGAUUUUAUAAUUUUCCUUCAGACUUUACUCUUGAUUUUGUGCAUCGUCGCUCCUCUGGUUUACUUUUACAGACUGGAGAAAAAAGAAGAUGCAGUAUACGAAGAGCCUGAUGAUAAUCACAUAUAUGAGGGCCUCGCGGUUGAGCAGUGUGGCGGUGGCGAUCUGUAUGAGGACAUCUCUGCUUUUCAACAGGUCACAGAUGCAUCGUGGGAAGUUGAGUACCCAUACCAAGAGUGAGAAAAACCCAUCCAUCAGAUAAUUGAUCUGCAGAUAUCAACACCAGACACAAAUGUUCGCAAUGACAUCCAAUCCACUGUCAGUUUGUGCUGGAUAAGUCACAUGUAGGCAGACUGACAUCGCUGUGUGCAAAUACAGUAAAUGCUUAUAAAACAAACUUUUUUUGUUUGGAAAGUAUGAAAUUAUUAUGAUGUUUAUUGGCUUGAGGUUUCUUUUUGAGGAUGUGACAUAUACAACAAUAACAAACAUUUAAAGACAUUGUAAUACAUUCAACUUGUGUUUUUUUUUUUUUUGCUUGUUUGUUGUCUGUAUUACACUUUUUAUUCGAGUUUAUAUUCAUUUU